CCGCCCUCCCUCCUUUUCCUUCCUUCCUUCCUUCUCUCCCUCCCUCCCUCCCUCCCUCCCUCCCUCCUUCCUCCCUUCCCUCCCCCCCUCCCUCCUUCCGCCCCCCUCCUUUUCCUUCCUUCCUUCCUUCCUUCCUUCCUUCCUUCCUUCCUUCAUCUCCUUCCUCUUCCUCCCCCAGCUUCCCCAGCCUGCAAGUCCGGCUUCCGGAAUCUUCUUCCGCCAGAGACGACAUCUUUCCUUCCUUUCUUCCUUCCUCCCUCCCUUCCUCCUCCCUCCCUCCCUCCCCUCCUUUCCCUCCUCCCUCCCUCCCUCCUUCCUUCCUUCCCUCCCUCCUUCCUUCCUUCCUUCCUUCCUUCCUUCUUUUCUGCCCCCUCCCUUCCUUCCUCCCUCCCUCCCUCCCUCCCUCCGUCCUUCCGCCCUCCCUCCUUUCCCUCCUUCCUUCCUUCCUUCCUUCCUUCCUUCCUUCCCUCCUCCCUCCCUCCCUCCCCUCCUUUCCCUCCUUCCUUCCUUCCCUCCUUCCUUCCUUCCUUCCUUCCUUCCCUCCCUCCCUCCCUCCCUCCCUUCCUCCCUCCCCUCCUUUCCUCCUUCCUUCCUUCAUCUCCUUCCUCUUCCUCCCCCAGCUUCCCCAGCCUGCAAGUCCGGCUUCCGGAAUCUUCUUCCGCCGGAGACGACGUCUUCCUCCGUUUCUCCGCCUACGUCAAGAACCCGGAUCCGGGGCGGGACGAAGGUAGGGGGCGGGGUUAGGGGCGGGGUUAGGGGCGGGGCUAAGGAGUGUGGGCGGGGCUAGGGUUAGGGUGGGAGGGAAGGAAGAAGGGAAGGAGGAAGGAGGGAAGGAAGGAGGGGAGGAAGGAAAGGAGGGAGGGGCGGAGCUAUGGGCGGGGUUAGGGGUGGGGCUAAGAAGUGUGGGCGGGGCUAGGGAUAGGGAGGGAGAGAAGGAAGGAAGGAAGGAAGGAAGGAGGGAGGAAGGAAGGAAGGAAGGAAAGGAGGGAAGGAGGAGGGAAGAAGGGAGGAAAGGAGGGAAGGAAGGAAGGAGAGAAGGGUGGGAGGGAAGGAAAGAAGGAAGGAAGGAAGGAAGGAAGGGAAAAAGAGAGAGAGAUAGUGAGAGGGAUGGAGAGAGAGAAGAGCAGAGAGAGAGAAGGAAGGAAGGAAGGAAGGCAGGCAGGCAGGAAGGAAGGAAGGAGAGGGAGGGAGGGAGGGAGAGACAGAGAGAAUGAAGGAAGGAAGGAAGGAAGGAGACAGAGGGAGAGAGAGAAGGAAGGAAGGAUGGAAGGAAGGAGAGAGAGGGAGAGAGGAGGAAGGAGGAAGGGAGGGAAGGAAGGAAGGAAAGAAGGAGGGAAGGAAGGAAAGGAGGGAGGGGGCGGGGUUAUGGGCGGGGUUAGGGGUGGGGCUAAGGAGUGUGGGCGGGGAUAGGGUUUGGGAGGGAGAGAAGGAAGAAGGGAAGGAGGAAGGAGGGAUGAAGGAGGGAAGGAAGGAGGGGAGGAAGGAAAGGAGGGAGGGGCGGAGCUAUGGGCGGGGUUAGGGGUGGGGCUAAGAAGUGUGGGCGGGGAUAGGGUUAGGGUGGGAGGGAAGGAAGGAAGGAAGGAAGGAGGGAGGGAGGGAGGGAGGGAGGGAAGGAAGGAAAGAAGGAAGGAGGGAUGAAUGAGGGAAGGAAGGAAGGAAGGAAAGAAGGAAGGAGGGAUGAAGGAGGGAAGGAAGGAAAGAAGGAAGGAGGGAUGAAGGAAGGAAGGAAGGAAGGAAGGAAGGAAGGAAGGAAGAAGGAGGGAGGAAGGAGGGAGGAAGGAAGGAGGAAGGAAGGAAAGGAGGGAGGGGGCGGAGUUAUGGGCCAGGUUAUGGGUGGAGCUAAGAAGUGUGGGCGGAGCUAGGGUUAGGGUGGGAGGGAAGGAGGAGGGAAGGAAGGAAGGAAGGAAGGAAGGAAGAAGGAAAGAAGGAAGGAUGAAGGAGGGAAGGAAGGAAAGGAGGGAGGGGGCGGAGUUAUGGGCGGGGUUAGGGGUGGGGCUAAGAAGUGUGGGCGGAGCUAGGGUUAGGGAGGGAGAGAAGGAAGAAGGGAAGGAGGAAGGAGGGAAGGAAGGAGGGGAGGAAGGAAAGGAGGGAGGGGCGGAGCUAUGGGCGGGGUUAGGGGUGGGGCUAAGAAGUGUGGGCGGAGCUAGGGUUAGGGUGGGAGGGAAGGAAGGAAGGAAGGAAAGGAGGAAGGAAGGAGGGAAGGAAGGAGGGAAGGAAGGAAAGGAGGGAGGGGGCGGAGCUAUGGGCGGGGUUAUGGGUGGAGCUAAGAAGGAAGGAAGGAGGGAAGGGAGGGAGGGAAGGAAGGAGGGAGGGAAGGAGGGAGGGAGGGAGGAAGGAAAGAAGGAAGGAGGAAGGAAGAAGGAAGGAGGGAAGGAAGGAAAGGAGGGGGCGGAGUUAUGGGAGGGGUUAGGGGUGGGGCUAAGGAGUGUGGGCGGGGCUAGGGUUAGGGAGGGAGAGAAGGAAGAAGGAAGGAGGGAAGGAAGGAGGGAAGGAGAGAAGGAAGGAAAAAAAGAGAGAGCGAGAGAGGGAGAGGGAGAGAAGAAGGGAAGGAGGAGGGAGGAGGGAGGAGGAGGGAGGGAGGAGGAAGGAAGGAAGGAAGGAGGAAGGAAAGAAGGAAGGAAGGAUGGAAGGAAGAAGGAGGAGGAGGAGGAGGAAGGAAGAGUGGAGGAGGAGGAGGAGGAAGAAGGAAGGAGGAGGAGGGAGGAGGAGGAGGGCAGGAAGGAAGGAAGGAAGGAGGGAUGAAGGAAGGAAGGAAGGAGAGGGAGGGAGGGAGGGAAGGAAGGAGGGAAGGAAGGAAGGAAGGAAGGAGAGUGUGGGCGGAGCUAGGGUUAGGGACGGAGAGAAGGAAGAAGGGAAUGGAGGGAGGGAAGGAGGGAGGGAAGGAAGGAAAGGAGGGAGGGAAGGAAGGAUGGAAGGAGAGAAGGAAGGGAAAAAGAGAGAAAGAUAGGGAGGGGGAGAGAGAGAAGAGCAGAGAGAGAGAGGGAAGGAAGGAAGGAGAGAGAGGGAGAGAGGAGGAAGGAAGGAAGGAAGGAAGGAAGGAGGGAGGGAGAGAGAGAAGGAAGGAAGGAAGGAAGGAAGGAAGGAAGGAAGGAAGGAAGGAAGGGGUGGACCUAAGAUCUGUGGGAGGGUCUAAGGUGUGAGCUGGGGCGGGGUCUACAAGGUGUGGGCGGGGCAAACAGGCCUAGGCAGGGCUGUGGGCGGGGCCACGGGGCAUGGGCGGGUCUAGGACGGGGCUACCAGUCAGUGGGAGGAGCCUCAGCCCCCUAUGUCUCCGCCCCCUCCAGCCCUCCGACUCCGCCUCCUCCGCGCUCUAUGGAAACUGGAGGGUCACCUGACCGAGGAGGGGCGGGGCCAACGGGGCCCCUUCCUGGAGGGGGAUCACAUGACCCUGGCCGACUGCCGGCUCCUCCCCAAGCUGAACAUCGUGGAGGUGAGUGGCGACUUCCUUCCUUCCUUCCUUCCUUCCUUCCUUCCUUCCCUUCUUCCCUCCUUCCUUCCCUCCCUCCUUCUCUCCUCCCUCCCUCCCUUUUCCUUCCUUCCUUCACUUCUUCCUUCUUCCCUCCUUCCUUACUCCUUCCUUCCUUCCUUCCUUCCUUCCUUCCCUCAUUCCUACUUUCCUUCCUUCCUUCUUUCCUUCCUCCCUUCCUUCCUUCCCUCCCUCCCUUCCCUCCCUUCUUUUUCUCCUUCCUUCCUUCCUUCCUUCUUUCCUUCCUUCCCUCCUUCCUUCCCUCCUUCAUCCCUCCUUCCUUCUUUCCUUCUUUCCUUCCUUCCUUCCUUCUCUCCCUUUCCUCCCUUCUUUUUCUCCUUCCUUCCUUCCUUCCUUCCUUCCUUCCUUCAUCCCUCCUUCCUUCUUUCUAUCCUUUUUUCCUUCCUUCCUUCCCUCCCUCCCUCCUUCCUUCUUUCCUUCCUUCCUUCCCUCCUUCCUUCCUUCCUUCCUUCCUUCCUUCCCUCCCUCCCUCCUUCCUUCCUUCCCUCCUUCAUCCCUCCUUCCUUCCUUCCUCCCUCCCUCCCUCCCUCCCUCCUUCCUUCCUUCCCUCCCUCCCUCCCUCCUUCCUUCCCUCCCUCCCUCCCUUCCUUCCCUCCCUCCCUCCCUCCGUCCCUCCCUCCAUUCCCUUCUUCCUUCUCUCCGUCCCUAACCCUAGCUCCGCCCACACUCUCCUUCCUUCCCUCCUUCCUUCCCUCCCUCCUUCCUUCUUUCCUUCCUUCCUUCCUUCCUUCCCUCCCUCCCUCCCUCCCUCCCUCCUUCCUUCUUUCCUUCCUUCCCUCCUUCCUUCCUUCCCUCCUUCAUCCCUCCUUCCUUCUUUCCUUCCUUCCUCCCUCCCUCCUUCCUUCCCUCCUUCCUUCCUUCCUUCCUUCCUUCCUUCCCGCCUUCCUUCCUUCCUUCCCUCCUUCAUCCCUCCUUCCUUCUUUCCUUCCUUCCCUCCUUCCUUCCCGCCUUCCUUUCUUCCUUCCUUCCCUCCUUCAUCCCUCCUUCCUUCUUUCCUUCCUUCCCUCCUUCAUCCCUCCUUCCUUCUUUCCUUCCUUCCUUCCCUCCUUCCUUCCCUCCUUCCUUCCUUCCUUCCUUCACUCCUUCCUUCCUUCCUUCCUUCCUUCCCUCCCUCCCUCCUUCCCUCCCUCCCUUCCUUCCUUCCUUCCCUCCUUCAUCCCUGCUUCCUUCCUUCUUUCCUUCCUUACUUUCUUCCUUCCUUCCAUCCUUCCUUCCUUCCUUCCCUCCUUCAUCCCUCCUUCCUUCUUUCCUUCCUUCCUUCCUUCCUUCCUUCCCUCCUUCAUCCCUCCUUCCUCCUCCCUCCCUCCCUUUCUUCCUCCUUCCUUCCUUCCCUCCCUCCUUUCUUCUCUUCAUUUCCUUCCUUCCUUCCUUCCUUACUUAAUUCCCUCCCUCCUUCCUCCCUCCCUCCCUCCCUCCCUUUCCUCUCUCCUUCCUUCCUCCCUCCCUCCCUCCCUUCCUCCCUCCCUUCUCUCCUUCCUUCCUCCCUCCCUCUGUCCUUCCCUCCCUCCUUCCUCCCUCCCUCCUUCCCUCCCUCCUUCCUUCCUUCCUUCCUUCCUUCCUUCCCUCCCUCCCUCCUUCCUCCCUCCCUCCCUCCCUCCCUUCCCUCUCUCCUUCCUUCCUUCCUCCCUCCCUCCCUCCCUUCCCUCUCUCCUUCCUUCCUUCCUUCCUUCCUUCCUUCCUUCCCUCUCUCUCCCUCUCCCUCCCUCUCUCCUUCCUUCCUUCCUUCCUCUCCCUCAAACCUUCCUCUCCCUCCCUCCUCCCUCCCUCCCUCCUUCCCCCUCCCUUCUGUCCUUUCUUCCUCCCUCCCUCCUUCCUUCCUUCCUUCCUUCCUUCCUUCCUUCCUUCCUUCCCUCCCUUAUUCCUUCCUUCCUUCUUUCCUUCCUUCCUUCCUUCCUUCCUUCCCUCCCUCCCUCCUUCCUUCCUUCCUUCCUUCCUUCCUUCCUUCCCUCCCUUAUUCCUUCCUUCCCUCCUUCAUCCCUUCUUUCCUUUCUUCCCUCCCUCCUUCCUUCCUUCCCUCCUUCCUUCCUUCCCUCCUCCCUUCCUCCCUCCCUCCUCCCUCCUCCCUUGUUUCUUCCUUCCUUCCUUCCUUCCUUCCUUCCCUCCCUCCUCCCUCCCUCCCCGCCCCCUAACCCCGCCCCCUCUAACCCCGCCCCUUCCUCCCCACAGGUCGUCUGCCGCCAUUACCACCCCUUCCUUCCUUCCUUCCUUCCUCCCUUCUUUUUCUCCUUCCUUCCAUCCUUCUUUCUUUCCUUCCUUCCUUCCUUCCUUCCCCCUCCUUUCCUUCCUCCUUCCUUCCUUCCUUCCUUCCUUCCUUCCCUCCUUCCCUCCUUCCUUCCUUCCCUCCCUCCUUCCUUCCCUCCUUUCCUCCUUCCUUCCUCCUUCCUUCCUUCCUUCCUUCCUUCCUUCCUUCUUUCCAUCCUUCCUUCCUUCCUUCCCCCCUUCCUUCCCUCCUUCAUCCCUCCUUCCUUCUUUCCUUCCUUCCCUCCUUCCUUCCUUCCUUCCUUUCCUCCCUCCCUCCCGCCUCCCUUCCUCCCUCCCUUCCUUUCUUCCUCCCUCCCUCGUUCCUUCUUCCCAUCCUCCUUUUCCUUCCUUCCUUCCUUCCCUCCCUCCCUCCUUCCUUCCUUCCCUCCCUCUCUCCCUCCUUCCCUCCCUCUCUCCCUCCUUCCCUCCCUCCCUCCCUCCCUCCCUCCUUCCUUCCCUCCCUCCUUCCUUCCUUCCUUCCUUCCUUCCUUCCUUCCCUCCCUCCUUCCUUCCCUCCCUCUCUCCUUCCUUCCUUCCUUCCUUCCUUCAUCCCUCCUUCCUUCCUUCCUUCCUUCCCUCCUCCCUCCCUCCUCCCUCCCUCCCCGCCCCCUAACCCCGCCCCCUCUAACCCCGCCCCUUCCUCCCCACAGGUCGUCUGCCGCCAUUACCGCCCCUUCCUUCCUUCCUUCCUUCCUUCCUUCCUUCCUUCCUUCCUUCCCUCCCUCCCUCCCUCCUUCUUUCCCUCCUUCCUUCCUUCCUUCCCUCCCUCCCUCCCUCCUUCCUCUCUUCUUUUUCUCCUUCCUUCCAUCCUUUUUUUCCUUCCUUCCCUCCUUCAUCCCUCCUUCUUUCUUUCCUUCCUUCCCUCCUUCAUCCCUCUUUCCUUCCCUCCCUCCCUCCUUCCUUCCUUCCUUCCUUCCUUCCUUCCCUCCCUCCUUCCCUCCCUUCCUCCUUCCUCCUCCCUUCUUUCCUUCCUUCCUUCCUUCCCUCCUUCCUUCCCUCCCUCCCUCCUUCCCUCCUCCCUCCCUCCCUCCCCGCCCCCUAACCCCGCCCCCUCUAACCCCGCCCCUUCCUCCCCACAGGUCGUCUGCCGCCAUUACCGCCCCUUCCUUCCUUCCUUCCUUCCUUCCUUCCUUCCUUCCCUCCCUCCCUCCCUCCCUCCUUCUUUCCCUCCUUUCUUCCUUCCUUCCCUCCCUCCCUCCUUCCUUCCUUCCUUCCUUCCCUCCUUCAUCCUUCCUUCCUUCCUCCUUCCUUCCUUCCUUCCUUCCUUCCUUCCCUCCUCCCUCCCUCCUUCCUCCUCCUUUCCUUCCUCCUUCAUCCCUCCUUCCUUCCUUCCUUCCCUCCUUCCUUCCUUUCCUCCUUCCCUCCUUCCUCCCUCCCUCCCUCCUCCCUCCCUCCCCGCCCCCUAACCCCGCCCCCUCUAACCCCGCCCCUUCCUCCCCACAGGUCGUCUGCCGCCAUUUCCGCCCCGCCCUUCUGCCCCCCGACAUGUGGGGCGUACGCCGCUACCUCCAAGCCGCCCGGGGGGCCAAGGAAUUCCGCUUCUCCUGCCCCACGGAUCUCGAGAUUCUCCAGGCCUACCGGCAAGUCGUCCGGCCCAUCUAG